UGCGUGUGUCAUAUCUUGUUUCACGAUAGCGAUUCUAGUGCCACAAAAAAGAAACUAAAUAAUCAAUAAAAAUCCCGUUGAAGGUCGUUCGCUGAAAGACUUCGUUCACAUCUGCGCCUGGUUUCCUCUUUGACUGACGUUUAAACUCUCAUGUGCGAGUGUUGAAAAUGGUUAAGCCUGUUUUGGGAUACUGGAAUUUUCGUGGAAUGGCGGAGCCUAUUCGUUAUCUUCUUCACUACAAGAAGGUAGAUUUCGAAGAUAAACAAUACACUUCCGGCGGCGAAGAUUGGGAGAAAGAGAAAUUCGACUUGGGUUUGGAUUUUCCUCAUCUGCCUUAUUACAUAGAUGGCGAUAUAAAGUUGACUCAAAGCGUCACCAUUCUGAGAUAUCUCGCCAAAAAAUACGAGUUAGAUGGAAAAAAUGACCAUGAAAGAUACAAAAUCUAUAUGGUGGAACAGCAAAGUGUUGAUCUUUGGAAGAGUUUGAGAAGUGUGGUGAUGAGCAACGAUUAUGAAAUUCUCAGAAAGGAGUUUCUAGAAAAUAUUCCAGAGCAUUUCAAGUGCUUUGAAGAAUUCCUUAGAGGCAAAAAUUAUCUGGUGGGAGAAGAUAUAACUUAUGUGGAUUUUAUGGUGUUUGAGAGUCUGGAUUUUUAUACAACUUUUCAUGGAACUGCACUCGAUGACUUUCGAAUUUUAAAAGCGUAUUGGGGUAAAAUGAAGAAAUUGCCUGAAUUGCAGUUCUAUGUGAAUUCCUGUAAGCGUAAUUUUGAGCCAAUUCCACCUAGGCCUAAGUUUGAAGGCCCGGGACCACAACUGAUUUUAAAGAAGCCUAUUAAUCCUUCAUUAUUAUUUUAAAAUAGCAUAUGAAACUUUGGAAAUUUUUGUUUGAAUAAACAGAGAACAUUUUAUUCAAUGACUUAUAAUUAUGUUAAAUUUUCGUCUUUGAUUGUUCUGAAAUUUAAAUGGGAGCCAAGAAUGCUGAUGUGAAAAAAAUAUAGCUCUAGAUUUUUAAUCUAGUAGAAAGUCACCAGCGUAAAAAAAAACUUCCAAAUGAAUUUGAUUAAAUGAUAUUAUUCAAUAAAAUGAUUAAAAAAAAUCGAAUGUCUGAUGAAUCAGCAAAACGAUCUAGUGAAUCAAUAUCUUUUAUUUUUACCUGUGAUUGCUCAGAAAUUUAAAUACAAACCAAGAUUGCUGAUGUGAAAAAAAUGAUAGUUAUAGAUUUUUGCUCUGUUAAAAUGACACCAGCAUAAAAAAACUUCCAAAUGAAUUUGAUUAGAUGAUAUUAUUCAAUAAAAUGAUUAAAAAAAUUCGAAUGUCUGAUAAAUUAGCAAAACGAUCUAGUGAAUCAAUAUCUUUUAUUUUUACCUGUGAUUGCUCUGAAAUUUAAAUGAAAACUAAAAUUGAUGAUGUGAAAAAAAUAAUUCUAGAUUUUUGCUCUGUUAAAAUGACACCAGAAUUAAAAAACUUCCAAAUGAAUUUGAUUAAAAGACAUUACACAAUGAAAUGAUUUAAAAAAAUCGAAUGUCUGAUAAAUCAGCAAAACGAUCUAGUGAAUCAUUAUCAAUUUCAAGAAAAGCGAUCAUAACUCUCAACGAAGAAGUUUUUCACCGCCUGAUUUUUUUAUUCCAUGAAACCCAAUCAAAUAUCAAAACUUUCCUAUUGGUUUUGUUUUGUCAUUUCUAUCCAAUGGAACUCACUUGUGUAAAAUUUCGUACAUUCAAACUUAUAGGAUCUGAAUUUCAAACAAUCGACCAUGGCCUCUACAGAAAAAAAAAAAAAAAAAAAAAAAAGAUUUACAUUUAGUUAAAAGUAGAUGAAGCAAAAAUUUCCCCACUCACGUUGUGUUCAUAUUUAUAUCGAAUAAACAAGAAUUUUCUAAACUCAAAAGUUAAACAAAUUGCUUCCAGUUCUCAAUUUCAAGACGAAAGGAAGAUUAAUGCCUUUUUUAUAUUAUCCAAUCAAUGCAAAUGGAACUUCAAUAAUUUGUUGCCAAAUAUAUCAUCACAAACUGAAAAAACUGAAACCACCGCAACAGAAAACUGGAGGGAACUGUGGUUGAGUCCUAAGGGCCAUCACCGACCAAGUUACAAUCCUUCCAUAAGGAAGUACGUCCCGUCAUCGAUGGGAGGAGGCAGACCCCCACCUUUUCGUGUACCCACAAGGGUGGCGAGAACCAACCACCAUGCCGGAAUACGAGGUAUCCCCACAUGUUGCCAAAUAUAUGAAACAUUUCAAGUAAUUAUGCUGAAUACAUUUCAUUGAGAAGAAAUGAAUACCAUGGAAAACGAAACUGUGAAAUUCCUUAAUGCAAAAACUUUUGCAACUUCUACUUUUGAUAAAAAUUUUCAAUUUAGACAUCAGUGUUUCUAAUCUUCGUUUUAGUGAUUAAUGUUGAAUAAUUUAUGAAACUGCUAAUACAUAGAAUAAAAUCUUCAGAAAAAUACUGUAAAAUUCUAAUCGGACAAGAAUACAAAUGUAGAUACAUUUGUAUUGUAUAGAUAUACAAUUAUUGAAUUUUUGUCAAAAACGAAAUAUAUUCAUGCUAUGUAUUUUGGUGCUUAUAGUCUAAUACUUGCAUAUUAUUGUUGAUAUAAUUGCAUUGUAUGG